GCCAUAGGCCACGCCCAUUCUUGUGCCAUCGGGAGGGGCGGGGCCGGAGCGGCGCCGGCGCGCGGCGGGUGCGGCGCAUGCGCAGUGCGGGAGCGCGCCCGGCCCAGGCGAGUGUCCGGAUUUUUUGGGAAGCCAGGAGCGGUGGAGCCCGGCCCCUCCAGCCUCUCUCCCAGCAUGGCAGACCAGAAGCGUCUGGCCUUCUCCAUCAUCCAGUUCCUGCACACCCAGCUCCAGAACGGGAGCAUGUCUCCAGAUGCUCAGGAGAGUUUGGAAGUGGCCAUCCAGUGCCUGGAAACAGCGUUUGGGGUCUCCAUGGAAGACCAAAGCCUGGCUGUGUCCCAAACCCUUCCCGAAAUAUUUGAAGCCGUGGCAGGGAAGGAGCUGGAACACUCCAGAACGAACUCGGAGCCUGUCACCCCCUCAGAAGAUGACGUGGCUGAAGCUGAAAGACUCAAGACUGAAGGAAAUGACCAAAUGAAGGCAGAAAACUUUGAGGCUGCCGUGUCCUUUUAUGGAAAAGCCAUCGAGUUAAACCCAGCCAACGCUGUUUAUUUCUGCAACAGAGCUGCUGCCUACAGCAAGCUGGGGAAUUACGCGGGCGCCGUGCGGGACUGCGAGCGAGCCAUCGGCAUCGACCCCAGCUACAGCAAAGCCUACGGCAGGAUGGGCUUGGCCCUCUCCAGCCUAAACAAACACACAGAAGCUGUUGUUUACUACAAAAAAGCUCUGGAGUUGGAUCCGGACAACGAAACGUACAAAUCCAACCUCAAAAUAGCUGAACAGAAAAUGAAGGAGACUCCCAGUCCAACCAGCGGCCCCGGAGGGUUCGACUUGGCCGGAUUGCUGAACAACCCCGGCUUCAUGAGCAUGGCCUCAAACCUCAUGAACAACCCCCAAGUACAACAGCUAAUGUCGGGGAUGAUCUCGGGAGGCCACAACGCCAUGGGAGCGGCCGGGAGCAGCCCCUCCACCAACGACCUGGCCAGCCUGAUCCAGGCGGGCCAGCAGUUUGCCCAGCAGAUGCAGCAGCAGAACCCCGAGCUCAUUGAGCAGCUGCGCAGCCAAAUCCGCAGCCGGACCCCGAGCGCCAGCAACGAGGAGCAGCAGGAGUGAGCCCCUGGAAAUUCCAGAAUUUGCUUUUCCAGCUGGGAGCCGCCUCCGUGUUGCCAAUUCUUGACUUGGAAGUGUCCAAGAGGGGGAAAAAACCCAAAACUCCAACGGAUAAAAACCACAAAAA